UUAUUUUUAGUUCAUUUCAAUAAACACAAAUGAGUUUCUCCAAAAGGAUUCCCAUUUUUCUGCUAAGGCUUUUAGCCUUGGCUGCAACUAUUUCCGCAACACUAAUCAUGGUCACCAGCCGCGACUCCGCACAAGUUUUCAACGUCAAAUUCGAAGCCAAAUACACCAACUCCCCGACUUUCACGUACUUUGUGCUGAUGAAUGCAAUUGCAAGUGGUUACACACUCAUACUUCUCUUCUUCCCUACAAAGUGCUCGUUCGGGCACUUGAUCUUGAUCUUCGAUUUGAUUGUGGCAUUGUUGUUGGAUUCAAGUAUAUCUGCAUGCAUAGCAAUAGGGCAAGUGGGGAAGAAAGGGAACAGCCAUGCAGGUUGGCUCCCAAUUUGCGGACAAGUUCCUAGGUUUUGUGACCAUGUUACAGGUGCUAUUAUUGCUGGUUUUGUGGCUGCACUUGUUUAUUUUCUCAUACUUGUCUACUCUCUUCACAAUCUCAUCAACCUUUUCUCUCUCAAGAAUUAGAUAUUUAAAUAUCAAAAAAAAAAAAAAAAUGUCUUUCUUUUAUGGAAAUUAGUUAGUAUAUGUUUGACAGAAGAGGAGAUUUAUUACAGUGCAAUUCCCGGUU